AUAUAACAGUGUAAUUCUAUAAAAUAGGAGUGUGAAUAGACCCUGGGGGAAUGCUAUCUUUAUAAAUUCAACACAAAGGUUCUCUUUUUAUACUCCGCCGCCGGCUCCCUCCGCGAGGAAGAGUUCAUCUCGCACAAGAUUUUGCAAAUCAGAAGCGUUUGACGACAUGGGAAGUUCCGAUUUCUCUUGGAAAUUGGAGGAUCACCCCAAGCUUCCUAAAGGAAAGACUGUAGCCGUCGUUGUUUUGGAUGGUUGGGGUGAGGCGAAUCCGGAUCAGUACAAUUGUAUUCAUGUCGCCCAAACUCCGACUAUGGACUCGCUUAAGACGGGUGCUCCAGAGAAAUGGAGGCUGGUAAGGGCUCAUGGAACUGCUGUGGGGCUUCCAUCUGAGGAUGACAUGGGUAACAGUGAAGUAGGACACAACGCACUUGGAGCUGGAAGAAUUUUUGCUCAAGGUGCUAAGUUGGUGGAUUUUGCUCUUGCUUCUGGGAAAUUAUAUGAAGGGGAAGGGUUUAACUAUAUCAAAGAAUGCUUUGAUAAAGGUACCUUACAUCUAAUUGGGUUACUGAGCGAUGGGGGUGUACAUUCUCGGCUUGAUCAAUUGCAGUUGCUUCUGAAAGGGUCUAGUGAGAAUGGGGCAAAGAGAAUACGUGUUCAUAUCCUCACUGAUGGACGUGAUGUUUUGGAUGGUUCAAGUGUUGGGUUUGUAGAAACAUUGGAGAAGGACCUUGCUAAUCUACGAGAGAAAGGUAUUGAUGCGCAAAUUGCAUCUGGUGGCGGUCGUAUGUAUGUUACCAUGGAUCGGUACGAGAAUGACUGGGGCGUUGUUAAACGUGGUUGGGAUGCACAGGUUCUUGGUGAAGCACCUUACAAAUUCAGAAACGCCAUUGAAGCUGUGAAAACACUAAGGGAGGAAACCAAAGCUAAUGAUCAAUAUCUGCCGCCAUUUGUUAUUGUUGACGAGAGUGGAAAGGCAGUUGGUCCGAUAGUUGAUGGUGAUGCUGUUGUAACAAUCAAUUUUCGAGCAGAUCGUAUGGUCAUGAUUGCUAAAUCAUUAGAAUAUGAAGACUUUGAAAAAUUUGAUCGUGUUCGCGUCCCAAAGAUUCGAUACGCUGGAAUGCUUCAGUAUGAUGGUGAAUUGAAACUCCCAAACCACUACCUAGUUUCUCCUCCAGAGAUAGAGAGGACAUCUGGUGAAUAUUUGGUGCACAAUGGUAUCCAUACUUUUGCUUGCAGUGAGACCGUCAAAUUUGGUCAUGUCACAUUCUUCUGGAAUGGAAAUCGAUCAGGCUACUUCGAUCCAUCCAAGGAAGAAUAUGUUGAAAUUCCUAGUGACUCUGGAAUAACAUUCAAUGUUCAACCCAAAAUGAAGGCAUUGGAAAUUGCUGAGAAAGCGAGGGAUGCUAUUCUCAGUCACAAGUUUGACCAGGUUCGUGUUAACUUGCCAAAUGGAGACAUGGUUGGUCACACCGGGGACAUAGAGGCAACUAUUGUAGCUUGCAAGGCUGCUGAUGAAGCUGUUAAGAUCAUUUUAGAUGCCAUUGAAGAAGUUGGUGGCAUUUACGUUAUCACUGCAGAUCAUGGGAAUGCUGAAGACAUGGUAAAGAGAAACAAAUCAGGCCAGCCAUUACUUGACAAAUCUGGGAAUAUUCAGAUUCUCACUUCUCAUACUCUUCAACCUGUUCCCAUUGCCAUCGGCGGCCGUGGACUUGCACCUGGCGUAAGAUUCCGCAAGGAUGUGCCUGAUGGUGGCCUUGCAAAUGUUGCCGCCACCGUCAUGAAUUUGCAUGGUUUCGUAGCACCAAGCGACUACGAGACAACCCUCAUUGAAGUAGCUGACAACUAAACGCUUCUUUACAAGCGAGAAUUUUCAACAAUUUUCUAUUGGUUACUCAAGUUGCUCAUCUUCACGAGCAACAUCACAAUUUUUGUUGUUAAACACCCUGCUUAUUUUGAGCGAGAGCAUAUUUGAAAUAAAAUGAAAUUGAAUGGGCCAUGAAUGACGUGUUUGAUGGCACGCUAAUUUGAUAAUGGUGUUUGGAUGGUUUAUAUGUAUUUUUACUACUUUGUACUGAAUUAUCAUUAGCCUAUGAAAUGGAAGUUUCAGUACUUAGUUGCAA